AACUCCCUCUCUGCACGGAAGCCCCUCCCACUGACUGAUGGUUCACUGUUGCCAUGACAACACCAAGCUCCACGGUGCUGACUACUGUUGUUUCUGCUCGGUUCAAGACGUCCUGAAAACGGUUGUCCGGUAAAGCAAAGAGGGAAGCUGUAAUGUCUGACCUGCACCUGCUUAAAGACAAAUCCCAAAGAAGUGAGAGGAGGACAAGCACGCUCUCAGAGGGAAGCCAUGGAGUCAGAGGCAUAGAAACAACUGGCAGGACUAGGGACUCUAUAAGUAUUGACCUGCUUAAAGACAAAUCCCAAAGAAUUGAGAGGAAGCAAAGCAAGGUGCCCUCAGAGGGAAGCCAUGGAGUCAGAGGCAUAGAAACAACUGGCAGGACUAGGGACUCUAUAAGUGCUGACCUGCUUAAAGACAAAUUCCAAAGAAAAGAGAGGAGGUCAAGCAAGAUGCCCUCAGACGGAAGCCAUGGAGUCAGAGGCAAAGAAACAACUGGCAGGACUAGGGACUCUGUAAGUACUGGGAUGUACAUGGAUGAACUAGCACACCAUGAUGACAACGCUCGGAUGGCCAUAACAAUGGAGAACACCUACCAGAUGGAACCUUACAAACGCAUCCCUGUUCCUGCUGUCACAGACAUACUGAAGGAUGUACUCACCAAUUACCUCCAAGAGGAGAAAUAUGAAGUAGAAUGGUCUCAACAAAUGACAAAAACAAUAUGUGAGGUGAUAAGAGCCCGUGUGAAGGACCUCAUGAUUCCCCGAUAUAAGAUUGUCGUCCUGGUCCACAUCGGCCAGCUCACCGGGCAGAGCAUGCAAAUCAGCAGCCGCUGUCUGUGGGAUGCGUCUAAUGACACCUCCGCCACCUACUCCUUCAAGAACAGCUCUCUGUAUGGUGUGGCAACCGUCUACGCUGUUUACUUUGAGUGAACCACGAAGACAUUGAAUAGACUCACACAAGAAUCACUUUAGUUCUGCAUUUCUCACAGAGUUCUGUAUCCAUGUUGUAUAUUUUGCCACGUAUGAAAUGAUAAAACAAGAAUUUAUAAGCAAAA